AUGUAUGUUUUACUUCUGAUUUACCCAGUUUUCCUUGUCAAUGUAUUGAAUGUAAAAAUAAUUGAAAAAUGUCCAUACCGUAAAACUACAGUCUCAUAUAAGCAAACCACUAUGGCUUUAAGAAAUCAAAUGGCUGAGAUAAAAUGCAUGGAACCAGAGAACUACCGGAAGUACUUCCGUUCUUUAUGCUGGAGUGGAAAUAGAAAAAUUGAUAGACGAUCAGGUAGAAGAGGUGUCAGGAAAGAUAGAUCUCGUCGUUCAAAAGGCCCCAAUGCAUUUGCCAUAUGUUUCGCACCAGCUCUUCUCGGAAAUCCGUCGCAAUUUGCUGUCUAUGCUACCGUCCGAAAGUCCAUUCUCUCCCGUUGGAGACACCUGCAAGGAUCUGUGGCUGAUUUAUCAGAUGAGAGUGACAAUGAUGAUCAGACUCAAGCUUCAAACGUCAAACUACCUAAAAUAACUGGAAUUGGUCUUCGCACAGUUUUUAGUCUCAUUGACCAAGCAAGGUAUAAAGAUACUAGCCUGUGUGAGUGCGCCCUUAGAGCAUUACUUGAUGUGCUGCAAGCCCAUGCUCCUGAAGAUCUUUCGCACGAAAAUACAGAGAUAAUAUCCAACCUUCAUGACAUCCUGGUGGACAUAACUAGCGGCGUCGGAGCGCCAGGCCGACCGGAAAUGCCGACAACACUCACGUCCAUCAGUAGUUCCUGUCUCAUCGCAUUGUCUGUUGCAAAGGGAGAGGCUGAGUUGAUAUUAAAUACUGUGAAAUCAUUGAUUAUGGUUCCACCGAAUUUAUCUGAGCAAUACAUUCAGGUACCGAUUAAUCUAACAAUGCUUCAAAGGAGUGUGCAGUCGGUCAUCUUAGGAUCACCAUCUCGCAAUUUGUGGCUCGACUACGGAGUACCACAUCAAUGCCUCGUCAAUAGCUUCCCAGUUGAUUUGCCACCUCAGCUAACUACGGGCUCACAAGAACUAGUUAUACGUUCCCUAGUAUCUGAUGGCUGUUUCUUAUACGUGUUCACAUCAAAGGGACUCCUAAAAAUUGGCUCUGGUUAUGGAAACUCCAUUCGUCAACACGUCUAUCUCUAUAAACCUGAUUUUUUUGCGUCGGAUCGACACGGCUGGCUAGGAUUUUGUAAGGAUAAGUUAUAUGUAAGGAUUGGUAGAAAGAAGACUGACAUUUACGAAGUAGAUAAAGAUACAUUGGAAGUUAAAACUAUAAUACAUCUGGAGCCAGGCACUCCUAUUGCCAUUGAGCCUAAAUCAGCCGUGUUCAGUGAUUCAAAUAAACUGGGUUUAAUUCUGCUGACGAACUUUGACAACCUGACUAUUAAAUUCUACGACUUGGAAUCAGACAGCAACAGCAACGGCAGCACUCGUACAGUCGAAUCGUGUAAGGAAUUUAACGUUCAUCUACUUAGGAGAACAUCCUUAAUCCUUGGUCGAGCGCCGUAUGAAGACGGUGUGUCGAGACGAAUUACCGACUUGGAUGCACCAGUGGCUAUACAACUGGAUGACAAUGAAGAUGAUCCUCUAAUAGCAAUCAGUGCUGGCCAAGAUUUUGGUCUUUUGACUACCGCUUCUGGAAAAGUAUAUUAUACAGGGAAGGCGACAAGUCUAGGAUACAAAGUUUCAUCAACAUACACUGGCCGAUGGACCCUAAUGAAGGAAACGGUUUUCGUGAGAAAUGAUCAACCGAAAGUUAGAAAGACUAGAGUGAUACAGGUUGCUGUGGGCCACGAAGGAGUACACGCUAUAUUAGUUCUAGACAAUGGUUCAGCUCUUUUUACGGGAAUUGCCAGACGUGGUGAAGAUGGAGACGGAAACAAGAGACGUUCGCCAAAACCCAGCCGUCCAAAGAAGAUAGCAAAGGCUGAAAAUUUUUACAUAGUUUACGCCGCUUGUAACUACGGUUCAACAGCGUUAGUUACACGUCAGGGAGUCGUGUUAAUGUUCGGAAAAGACACACAGCAUUGUGAUUCAGCUGGAAUUGUAACUGGCCUUAAACACGAAAGAAUUGUUCAGGUUGCAUUGGGAAAAGCACAUGCAGUAGCGUUGACGAACUUGGGACAGGUGUAUAGCUUUGGUAUCAAUAAUAAGGGCCAAUGUGGACGAGAAUUUGGAUAUACAAAAGAAAAACCAUACCCUCAAAGGAAAUCGUCCGCCAAAGAAGAGCCGGCUAUAUGUAGCGAGCAACAUACAUGGUUAACUAACUACUGUCGUAUUUGCAUCAACUGUCGUGAAUGCACAGGCUUCGCUGGCAAUUGCAACUGUGCAGCUCUGCCUAAUCGAAUACCUGGCGAGAAGUGCGGUUGUGGUGAAGGCGAAAGCGGGUGCAGUACCUGCGGCAUUUGCCGCAGAUGUGCUGAGGUAGCUGCUACUGCUGCCCGCGAUAAGAUUCCUGACAGUGAGGAUGACAUAUCCGUAUAUGAUAUCGCUAGCACAUCAGAUCAAGCUGUUGAAGAGGAAAUUAAGUAUCUGCAGUAUGAGGCUCAUUGUUCAAAGGAUGAAGGGGAAAAAGACGCUAGUUUCAAAGGCAGCAGCUUGCCCCCAGCACGAAUACCUCUUCCUGGUGGACAUAAGAUAGAAGCUAUAGCUUGUGGCCUGCAUCACACUGUUUUGAUGACUCACAUGGGUGACGUCCUAACCUUCGGUUCCAACCAGUUUGGUGCCUUAGGAGCUGGUGAUAUAUCAGCUCAUCACAGAAUUAUACGCGUCAGGGUGCCUAGAGCAUCAGCUAUUGCAGCAGGAAGUAAUCAUACAGCGGUGCUGACCCGCGACGGGGAAUUGUAUACUUUCGGAAAUUACCAAAAAGGUGCAUUAGGCCGACCACGCAUUGAUGAACCAAGAGCUGAUAGGUGUCCCAUUUGGUACGCUACACCUGGACGAGUACCUCGUUUAGGACCCAAGUAUAACUGUAAAGCAGUGUCUGUUUCUGCGUCGGGUGAUCAAACAUUUGUACAGGUUUCUCAAGCCGUACUGAAGACGGAUACUCUCUUUAGUGCUACCAUCACAGCGAAUAAUAAUACAAUAAUUAUCCUACCGAACCGACCGGAACACACAUUCAAAUGCGUGACGAUUUGCAAAAGCGAUGGUUCAUGCUAUGCCUGGUCCGGUCCCGAACAGGUAGACUUCGUGAAUACCCUAGCUUGCCUCGAUCCCCUGUACGACGUGUUAUGGUGCUAUCAACCGCAGAUGAGAGUCAUGAAGUCCUACAACAUCCAGGCGUUCGACGCCCACAAACUGCAGAGAUGUUGUAAAAAUGAUCCAGAAGGCUUCAUAAAUGAUAUUGAGUUCGAGUACCCGCAUUAUGGAAUUAUGAGGAGGUUGGAGGAGUUUAGAAAUUUGGAGAAUUUCGAGUGGAUCAGCAACAGCGAUGAUAGGCCAGCUGACGGCGUCGCGAUUGCCAAUAUAUCUAUUUUGAACCAAGAUUUGGCUUUGCCCAGUGCUAAGAACUGCUCAGUGACAAGGAUUCAUGCUGCACUGCAUUUACUGGGAUGCUUAGAUUCUCUACUGUAUGUCCAUGAUAACAGACUGUCCCAAGUUGAAUGCAAGAGGGAUAGCUUAUCGUUACCAAUAUCUCCGUUGCGCGAAGACUACUUGACUGUGAAUAGAUUCGAGAGUCACGGUGGUGGUUGGGGAUAUUCUGGUCAUUCAGUUGAGGCUAUUCGUUUUAUGAGCGACACUGAUAUACUACUUGGUGGGUACGGUUUGUUUGGCGGUCGCGGCGAGUACACUGCCAAAAUAAAGCUCAUUGACAUUGGAACUGAAGGUGGUGAUCAAGAAGGUGAUGGUGAUGUUCUGGCAGAAACUGGCGAAAUUCCGUACGAGUGUGCACCGAGAGAUAAAUUUCCUGUACUCUUCGAGACACCUGUUCCGCUUGUGGCACAAAGGUGGUAUGUGGCCUGGGCUUGCAUAAACGGACCAUCAUCAGACUGCGGUUCAACCGGUCAAGCGAUUGUCAUCAACGACGAUGUGGGAUUUCACUUCAAAACAUCAAAGAAAUCCAACAAUGGCACUGAUGUAAAUGCAGGACAAAUUCCAUGUCUCCUCUAUAAUAUAAUAAAUCACGAUCAUGUACCAAAACGGCGUAAGGAUCCAGGAGAACCUAUCACCGUACUAUCCAAGAACAUAUCAAGAAGAGUGACAGUCGCCUGCUUUAAAUCAUUGAUAACUCUUCUCCAAUGGAGCUGGAGCACCUUCAAAGAAUUGCUUCUCGAUACCAACGGCCAGAUACCGAUAAAUUACCACAAACUCACGAUAAUGAAGCACCAAAAACGCCUAGUGUACGUCAUUCGGGCGUGCUUACGUCUCGUGAAGUCGUACAUCAACGAAAUCUACCCUCAAAAUAAUAGAAAGAGGAAUUCUCAAGAGUACAUGGCGUACGUGGAGACGAUAGCGGACAUUCGAAAUUUGAUUCAGGCUAUAAUGGCAGAUCAGACGCCGACGUGCACUAUGUUGCCACGGAAACCAGGCCGGAAUAAGUCGCAGAGAAUAUGCUAUGUGCAGUUCGCGUUGGAAAUGACGAAUUCUAUACUAAAAGAGGCACAUGAAACAGUAACGGCGUGUUUCCACGCGUUCUUCCCGACGCCCAUUUUGAAAUGGCAUCACUUGUGCUCUUUACUGUAUAAUGUAUCGGAUGGAAUAGUUCCAGCAUCACAGAUACGUGAAUUGACAUCCACUUGUGCUGCUAUGUGCAGCUUCCGCAGUCUUCGUGAUGUCUUGCAAUAUAUCGUUCCUGUGACACAGAGUUGCAUUAUGCUGAACGAAAUGAGGAAACUGGAAAAUAGAGUUGUAAAAGAAGUCCCAAGUAAGUCGGCUACAGUUCCACGUUCAGCUCAUUCCCAGCAUUCUCCAAAGCCACCACCAAUUCCGCCGCGUGCCAACCGAGAAGCACGGCAGAACUCGGCAUUGAAAACAAACCAUACAGACUGGCAUCUUUUGGACAUAAUACCUAAACUAUUGGACAUGGUGAUGUUACCAAUCAAGGAACAGAUGAUGACAAGACAGUGUGGUCAACCACACGACCAUGGCGAGAUACAGCAGAACGAGAAACUCGCUGACUAUUGCUGCAAGUUCAUUGUCAGAAUUAUUGCUGAACUAGCAUUUAGUUCCAAGAAUAUAAAGGAAGAUACAGAUACAGCGGCUAUAAAGCACCUAAUAACUCCGUCUCGGUUUAUUCGAGUGAAUCCCAAUCGAUCCUGGAAUACCAGCAGCGGUAGCCCUGAUGCUAUCUGCUUCAAUAUAGAUAGGCCUGGCAUCGUUCUUGUUGGAGCUUGCGUGUAUGGAGGUCCAGGGAACUUCGAGUACACCUUGGAGUUAUUACAUGAUGUUCGUCUUCGUACAGUCAGCGAGGAAGCACGUUCAUCGCACUGUUGGAUAAGCGUAGAAGUAAUCCACGGUUCAUUUUCCGCUGCAGAUUGCCAAAAUGACAUGGUACAGAUCAAAUUUGAAAAACCGGUUCCUUUAAAGGAAGAUUUGCGUUACGCCCUAAGGUUCUGCAAUAAUGGCGGUCGAACUGCCAAUGGUGACAGCGGUCUUGCGUCUGUGAAGGGACCUGAUGGAACUACUUUCACGUUUUCGUCGUGUUCCCUCAGUUUCAACGGGACCACAUUGGUUAGAGGACAAAUACCGUGCCUAAUUUACUACGGAACCACCAAACCAACGAAUUCCUCGGAAAAUCCAGAUACACUGAUGGCGGCACUAAGAGCUAUAACGCUGAAAGUGGCCUCACUGGUAAUCGAACGCGGUGCUGAACUCUUCUGUUCCCUACGUAACGAAUUAACUACGGAGGAUCUUCGUCGUAAUACGUUUGUUUUGCAGCAGUCACCAGUUAUCAAUACUCUGCUGCCGUAUGUACUGGCUAAUCUUGAAGGAUUGGAUGAUUCAAAGAGUGUUAUACACCUCUUGGAGAUAAUACACAAGUUGCUGCCGCACGUUUCGGCUAUGAACUUACUAGUUCCAAGCGUUGAAGAGAUCAGUAGUACAACUACUACUCAUUAUUACACAUGGAUUGAAAGCGAACAUCCAUAUAAACAGGCAACUGUCUCUAACAUGAGGGUGCUGUUCCCCCCGCAAGUAUCAUGGAUUGUUCUGGAGAUGGACCCUCGAAGUAUAACAGCCCAGCCAGAGGACAACCUCACCAUCUACGCGGUAGCCGGAUCCCCACGCCAUAGAUGUCACUGCUCCAGCGAAUAUCGUGUUCCGGAUCCACCAUUUCGUAAGAGGAUAAUCCAGCUAACAUCAGAUACUGGUGAGGUUGAAGAACUAGACGAGGGUUGCUUGGAUGCGCCUUGCAUGCAAUAUAACUGUACCUAUGUGAGCGUGACGCCUAGACUCGCUAACAUGUCCGCUGAUUGGCCACACAAAGGCCUGUUAGUUCCUGGAAACGAAGUUAUAUUUUCACUGGAAACGGCCUCGGACUAUUUGAACGAAUAUAAAAAUGACGAUGAGCCUGAUGAAAACCGCUUCGGUUUCCGAUGCCUUUGCGCGGGUUAUGAAGACGCCCCAUUCACGUCUCAACGUCAAGGAUUAGUUUCUUUGGAGAUGGAACUCGUGUAUACCGGCGCCGCGUGUGCAUCACGCCUUCUAGCACCAGACAUUGAUAUAUCACCAUUAAGUUAUAUGACAGUUGUGGAGCUUCAAAUGCUGGCGGGAAGCGGUGGUAGUCCUGGUGGAGAUGGUGAUGGAAACGAUGAAAGCGAAGCCAUGUUUCUCUACCGUGGAUUGGACCUUCCAUCGCCCCCUACUGUACACAAUGUGCUAGAUGGUCAAGCCUUGCUUAGGUAA